CACUUCCCGGUCCUGACAAUUUGAAUUCUCAUUUAGUUUCUCUCUCAGUCUCUCAAGAGUGUUCACAGAAAGAAAAAUCCGCCAUUUGCAAAGGAGAAGAGAAGAGGAAGAAACAAUGAAGAGCAAAAAACCCAUGAGUAUGAUGCAGCUCAAACUCUCUGUUCCUGCUCAAGAAACCCCUGUUACCAACUUCCUAACUGCUAGUGGGACAUUUCAAGAUGGAGAUCUAUUGUUAAAUCAGAAAGGGCUUAGAUUGAUCUCUGAAGAAAAUGAAACUACUAGGAAAUCAGAUGCGAAAGAGUUCGACAUACAAUUUGUGUUGGAAGAUUUAGAGACAAUCAAAGUUAUAGGGAAAGGAAGUGGUGGAGUUGUACAACUUGUUCGGCAUAAAUGGGCUGGAACAUUGUUUGCUCUGAAGGUUAUUCAGAUGAAUAUUCAAGAGGAGGUUCGUAAACAAAUUGUGCAAGAAGUGAAAAUAAAUCAAGCAUCACAGUGUCCUCAUAUUGUUGUUUGUUACCAUUCGUUCUUCCACAAUGGGGUUAUUUCGUUGGUGCUUGAAUACAUGGAUCGCGGGUCUCUAGUUGAUGUAAUCAAGCAAGUCAAAACAAUACUUGAACCUUAUCUUGCAGUUGUUUGUAAGCAGGUUUUACAAGGACUUGUUUACUUGCAUAAUGAAAGGCAUGUGAUUCAUAGGGAUAUAAAGCCCUCCAACCUGUUGGUAAAUCAGAAAGGUGAGAUAAAGAUAACCGACUUUGGUGUGAGUGCGAUGCUUGCUAGCUCCAAGGGUCAGCGGGAUACAUUUGUUGGCACUUACAACUAUAUGUCGCCUGAAAGGAUUAGUGGAAGUACUUACGAUUACAGUAGCGACAUCUGGAGUUUGGGCAUGGUAAUACUCGAGUGUGCCAUAGGUCGUUUUCCUUACAUACAAUCUGAAGAUCAAGGUUCUCCUAAAUUUUACGAGCUUUUGCAAGCUAUUGUUGGAAAGCCACCACCUUCUGCUCCACCAGAUCAGUUCUCACCUGAGUUCUGUUCAUUUAUAUCAUGCUGCAUACAAAAGGAUCCUCGUGACAGAAUGUCAUCUACAGACCUUUUGAGCCAUCCAUUCAUCAAAAAGUUUGAGGACAAAGACAUUGAUUUGGCCAUUCUUGUUGGUAGCUUGGAACCUCCUGUCAACUUCCCGAGAUGAGUUUGUGUCUCUGACGAUCGGUCAAUCUCUGGAUAUCAGAAAAAGCCAAGGCACAUAAUGAACAAGCUUGUAAGGCAUUUCAGCGCUGAAAGAUAGCAGCUUGUCAGAAUCGGAAAUCUUAUUCAUUCUGGCCAUCCACUGGAUAGUAAAAUGCUUUAAGCUAAGAUAAUGCAUUGCACUAUAGAAUCAUGCUGGUAAAUUAGAAAAAGUAUUGUAUGCGAGUAAUGUUGUAUUUGUAAGAACGGUUUUCAUUUUAUUUUCUAUUCAAGGCAUAUAUGGUAAAGACUAAUUUCUAUAAAUAAAAAUUCUCAAAUUUCUUGUUA